AUGCCGUUGUCAUACAACAAGUUAGACCCCAGUGCCAAACAGAUUCGUCUUUUGACUAUCUUUCCGGAUGAGAAUGGCGAGAACCUUGUUCGAGCAUCGCUCCAUACCGUGUCUCUCAACAAUGCCUGCGACUUCGAGGCCUUGUCUUACGUAUGGGGUGACACCUCUGUGACCGUGGACAUCUCAGUUGAUGACUGCAUUAUUGGUGUAACACCGAAUCUGCAUGCUUUCUUGCGGGGAAUUCGCCAGCCUGAUUCAGAACGCACGGUGUGGGUUGAUUAUGUCUGCAUCAAUCAGAACGAUAUCUCGGAGCGGAACUCGCAGGUUCCUUUGAUGUGUCAGAUCUAUUCGACUGCCACGUCGGUGAUUGCUUGGUUGGGAGAUCUGAAGCCGGAAGCACUUGAGCUCAUCGAGUGGUAUCAUGCCAACCAAGAUGGGGAUUAUUAUAAUAGCAUCUAUGAUAGCAAGGGUCUUCAUGUUUUGGAAGCUAUAGCGCUGUUCUGUUUAUCUGCUAACGCACUGUGUGCCGCGCAGUAUUGGCGUCGUCUAUGGACAUUCCAAGAGUGGCAUCUCUCAAGAGAUGCCGUUGUAUGCAUGCAUGGAAAGACGACUUUUACCAUAGGGAACAUCUUCAAGCGAUUAAACACCGACAUUGUCGUUGUCAGACUUCUUGCUAAUUGGCUUACCUCCUCACAGGGUGCAUCUAUAAUAGCAGAUACAUACGGGACGGAAAAUCUUUACAAUGCCAGUCGUUUCCUCUUUGAAAGGCAGCAAGAACUCGACAGUCUCUUGAUUAAGAUCCCUCGAGAUAUUCUGCUCCUCAAUCCAGAUACCCCGCGUCUAUCUAGGCUUGGGGAUUUGCUAUUGCUUACGGUUGACCGGCACUGCAGUAAUCAACUGGACAAUGUAUAUGCGUUAUAUGGGCUUUCUCCUGCGGCUAGGGAAAUAUACCCUCCCGACUAUCGAAAGACCAUCAGCCAGGUCAAUCAUGAAACAACUUCAUUCGUCUUGGGACACGAAGCCAAUAUACGUAUACUCAAGGACUUUGAUUUUUGUUUCAGGUCUUCUAACAGGGACGACUCACUCCCUUCAUGGGUUGUGGACUUCACCGCGACGGAUCCGGAGCAUCGAGCAAAGAUGCAACCAAACUUAGACUUAUAUAAAGCAGUGGCAAUGGAUGAGGUUCCCUGGAAGCCAAUUCAAGAUCAUGCCCCUAUAAUCACAGAUAAUAUG